GUCAUUCCCAUUAAUUCAUUCAUUCAUUUCAUAUAUUUCUUUUCUUAAACACUUUUCCUUUAACCUUAAAGUUAACAUACACUUUAUUAACACUUUAAUUUGUUAAAUAAAAUUAUACUCCUUGUAUUUGGGAUUUCUUUCUAUAUAUAGAUUUGGUUAAGAAGUAAGUUUAAAGUGUACUAGAAAUUGUCGAUACAAGUAUGGAUGGGACUGAUUUAUCAAAGUUUGGGGGGAGUUUAAGAAGAAAUAAUUCAACAAUAUGGAGGAGUCAAUCAACAAGUGUAUUUUCAAGAUCAACAAGAGAAGAAGAUGAUGAAGAAGCAUUAAAAUGGGCUGCUCUUGAAAAGCUUCCUACUUAUGAUCGUUUAAGGAAAGGUAUUUUGACAGCUUCUCAUGGUGUUCCUAAUCACAUUGAUAUUCAUAAUCUUGGGUUUAAUGAUAAGAAGAAUUUGGUUCAAAGAUUGAUCAAUGUUACUGAGGAAGAUAAUGAGAAUUUCUUGCUUAAACUCAAAAAUAGAAUUGAAAGAGUUGGGAUUGACAUUCCUACUAUUGAAGUGAGAUAUGAGAACUUAAAUGUUGGAGCUGAAGUAUAUGUAGGGAGUAGAGCUUUGCCUUCAUUUGUUAAUUUUAUAACAAAUAUUGUGGAAGGUUUCUUGGGAUUUUUGCAUGUACUUCCUACCAGAAAGAAACAUUUAACUAUUCUUCAAGAUGUUAGUGGUAUAAUCAAACCAAACAGGAUGACCUUGCUUUUAGGUCCUCCAAGUUCAGGGAAAACAACCUUACUUCUAGCUUUGUCGGGAAAGCUUGACAAAGAUCUUCAGGUAUCUGGAAAAGUAACAUACAACGGGCAUGAAAUGAAUGAGUUUGUACCGCAAAGAACAGCAGCAUAUAUAAGUCAACAUGAUGUUCAUAUUGGUGAAAUGACUGUUCGAGAAACUCUUGCUUAUGCUGCCAGAUUUCAGGGUGUUGGUUAUCGUUAUGAGAUGUUGGCUGAGUUAUCUAGAAGGGAGAAAGAAGCUAAUAUUAAGCCUGAUCGUGAUAUUGAUCUUUUCAUGAAGGCUUCCUCAGUUGAAGGACAAGAAGAAAGUGUGGUAACAGAUUACAUCCUAAAGAUUUUAGGAUUAGAGGUUUGUGCUGAUACUAUGGUUGGAGAUGAAAUGAUCAGAGGUAUUUCAGGAGGACAAAGAAAGCGUGUCACAACUGGUGAAAUGUUAGUGGGUCCAGCAAAAGCUCUAUUCAUGGAUGAAAUAUCAACUGGUUUAGAUAGUUCUACAACAUACCAAAUUGUGAAUGCAAUCAGACAAUCAGUUCAUAUUCUUGAUGGAACUGCAGUCAUUUCUCUGCUACAACCAGCACCUGAAACAUACAACCUUUUUGAUGAUAUCAUCCUUCUUUCUGAUGGACUUAUUGUGUACCAAGGUCCUCGAGAACAUGUGCUCGACUUCUUCGAAUCCACAGGGUUCAAGUGUCCUGAAAGGAAAGGUGUUGCGGAUUUCUUGCAAGAGGUGACCUCGAAGAAAGAUCAGCAACAAUAUUGGGUACGAAGGGAGCCAUAUCGGUUUAUCCCAUCAAAGGAAUUUGCAGAAGCAUUCCAAUCAUUUCAUGUAGGAAGGAAGCUAGCUCAAGAACUUGGUGCACCAUUUGACAAGAGUAAAAGUCACCCAGCUGCUCUAACAACCAACAAAUAUGGUGUUAGUAAAAAGGAAUUUUUCAAAGCUUGUAUGGACCGAGAAUGGUUGUUAAUGAAGAGGAAUUCCUUUGUUUACAUCUUUAAACUCUUUCAGCUUACUAUAAUGGCCUUCAUAGCAAUGACUGUGUUCUUCCGAACCAAGAUGCACAGAAGAAAUACAACAGACGGUAACAUCUUUAAUGGUGCACUCUUUUUCUCUGUGGUGAUGAUUAUGUUCAAUGGUAUGGCCGAGAUGUCAAUGACAAUUGCUAAACUUCCGGUAUUCUACAAGCAUCGUGACCUUCUUUUCUUCCCGGCUUGGGCAUAUGCACUUCCUAGUUGGUUCCUUAAAAUCCCAAUUGCCUUCUUUGAGUGUGCUGUUUGGGUUUUUAUAACAUACUAUGUCAUUGGAUUUGACCCUUAUGUUGGAAGGUUGUUUAAGUUCUACCUCAUCUUGAUACUUGUAAAUCAGAUGGCUUCUUCUCUAUUUAGAGCCAUUGGAGCACUCGGAAGAAAUAUGAUUGUUGCAAACACAUUUGGAGCAUUUGCAUUGCUUACACUUUUCGCCUUGGGUGGCUUUGUUCUUGCAAGAAAUAAUGUGAAGGGAUGGUGGAUUUGGGGAUACUGGUGUUCACCCUUGAUGUAUGCUCAAAAUGCUGUUCUUGUUAAUGAGUUCCUUGGACAUAGUUGGAGUCAGAAAACUGCAAAUAAUGUAUCACUUGGAGUAGAAAUCAUUAGAAACAGUGGCUUUUUCCCAUACGCAUAUUGGUAUUGGAUUGGAGCUGGUGCAUUAGUCGGUUUUACUCUCCUUUUCAACGUAAUGUACACUGCUGGUCUUGCUCAUCUCAAUCCAUUUGGAAAAGCUCAAGCGAUUCCGGAUGAAGAAGAUGAGAACAAGAACACAAAUGGUAGUGGAGGUGCCUUAGAGUUGGCACAACAAAGAGCUUCUCAAAGUGAGGUUGUUGAAGCAACACAACGAGCGAAAAGAGGAAUGGUUCUUCCUUUCGAGCAACAUUCCAUCACCUUUGAUAAUAUUCGGUAUUCCGUUGAUAUGCCCCAGGAAAUGAAAGAUCAAGGUGUAACCGAAGAUAAAUUGGAACUUCUAAAAGGUGUAAGUGGAGCUUUUAGGCCGGGUGUUCUAACUGCUCUAAUGGGAGUCAGUGGUGCUGGAAAAACUACCCUUAUGGAUGUUCUUGCUGGAAGGAAAACCGGAGGAUAUAUCGAUGGAGAGAUUAAGAUUUCAGGAUACCCGAAAAAACAAGAAACUUUUGCUAGAAUUUCAGGAUAUUGUGAGCAAAAUGACAUCCAUUCUCCUCAUGUUACUGUCCAUGAAUCUCUGCUGUACUCGGCCUGGCUUCGUUUGUCUCCUGAUGUCGAUGUUAAAACACGAGAGAUGUUUGUCGAAGAAGUGAUGGAGCUAGUAGAGCUAACUACAUUGAGAGGGGCGCUUGUCGGGCUUCCAGGUGUGAGCGGUCUCUCAACGGAACAGAGAAAAAGACUUACAAUCGCGGUUGAGCUUGUAGCAAACCCGUCGAUUAUCUUCAUGGAUGAGCCAACCUCAGGGCUCGAUGCAAGAGCCGCAGCUAUUGUAAUGAGGACGGUCAGAAACACAGUCGAUACAGGAAGGACUGUCGUGUGCACCAUUCAUCAACCUAGUAUUGACAUUUUCGAGGCUUUCGAUGAGCUAUUCUUGAUGAAAAGAGGAGGUCAAGAAAUAUAUGUUGGACCUUUGGGACAUCAUUCAUGUGAAUUAAUCAAGUACUUUGAGGGUAUACAAGGAGUACACAAAAUCACAGAUGGUUAUAACCCAGCAACGUGGAUGUUGGAAGUCUCAACACCAGCACAAGAAACUGCACUUGGAGUAGAUUUUACAGAAUAUUACAAGAACUCAGAUUUAUACAGGAGAAACAAGGCAUUGAUCCAAGAACUAGGUGCACCUAAACCUGGUUCACAAGACCUUUAUUUCCCUACUCAAUUUUCCCAAUCAUUCUUUUCACAAACUUUGGCUUGUUUGUGGAAACAAAGAUUAUCGUAUUGGCGUAAUACUCCUUACACUGCUGUUCGAUUAGUCUUCACCAUUUGCAUUGCUCUCAUGUUCGGAACCAUCUUCUGGCAACUCGGAGGCAAAACUGGAAAAACCAAAAAUUUAUUCAAUGCAAUGGGUUCAAUGUACGCUGCUGUCAUGUUUCUCGGUGUGCAAAAUGCUUCUUCAGUUCAACCAGUUGUUGCAAUUGAAAGAACAGUCUUUUACAGAGAAAAGGCUGCAGGAAUGUACUCAGCAUUACCUUAUGCUUUUGCUCAGGCAUUGGUUGAGAUUCCAUACAUUUUUAUCCAAGCAUCUGCAUAUGGUCUUAUAGUGUAUGCCCUGAUAGGAUUCGAAUGGACAGCUGCGAAAUUUUUCUGGUACUUGUUCUACAUGUUCUUCACACUCCUUUACUUCACCUUCUACGGCAUGAUGUCCGUUGCUGUCACACCAAACCACCACGUUGCUGCCAUCGUCGCUGCUGCUUUCUACGGAAUUUGGAACCUCUUCUCUGGAUUCAUUAUCCCCAAACCUAAAAUUCCUCAAUGGUGGAGAUGGUACUACUACAUAUGUCCAGUAGCAUGGACACUUUAUGGAUUAGUAGCAUCACAAUUUGGAGACUUGCAAGAUAUAGUCACAGACAGCAUCUACGAGCCUAAAACAGUUCAGACAUUUGUAGAAAAUUACUUUGAUUUCAAGCAUGACUUCUUAGGAGGUGUUGCUGGAAUCAUCGUCGCCUUCGCCGUUUGCUUUGCUGCCAUCUUUGCUUUCGCCGUAAAGUCCUUCAAUUUCCAACACCGAUGAGGUCACGUUUUCGGACUGCUAAACCAAUUAACUAUAGCUUUUUUGGUUUUGUUGUACAAGUAUACAUACAUAUGUUUUUGUUCUUGUAUUGAUCUUAAGCAGUUUUUAUGUAAAAUAGUAACAUAGGUUUAUUCUUUUUUUGUUUAAUUGAAUAAAUUUUUUGUGUAUAUGUAUAUAUAACAUGUACUAUACAACAUGUAUUCUAUCAAUAUACAGCUAAGUGAAAUAAAAUUUUUAGUUUAAAGUUUCUCAUUGAA